CUCGACUUCUUCUCUUUCUUUCCACUCCCGAAAACUUUAGAUUCCCAGGUUCUGGUAAUGAUGUACCCUCAUUAUUAUAUCACUACUCUCCCCUCCUGUCGCCUACCCUGCGACCGGGUUCUCCGGGUAUUCACUUUAAUAGGAUAGAUUCGUGCUCCUGUUCACAUUCCAUUCCUUCCAGCCUUCUCUGAACUUUCCUCUCUUCUUCUAUUCCAGCAUAUCUUAAUCUCAGAUUCCCCUUGAGGUUGUGAUAGUCGCUCCUCUCCCGGUCAGCUUCAAUUCCGUCAAAGAUCUUGCAAUUGUCUCGAGUCUGCAUCUAGGGCCACGGGCACCACCAUGGGGCUAACCAGGGCUACGUUGGGCUUCUUAGGCCUGUUCUUUACGGCAUCAGCUCUCUUGCUGAUGUUUCUGACCCUUUUGGGCGGAGCUCGGAACAGUAACCCGUUGAACGUGAUCUACUUCCUCCAGACAGAUACAAGCAAUAUCCCCGGGGCGCCAUCUCUGUCGCGAUGGACUUUCUGGAAUCUGUGUGCUGUCAAUAGCAAUGGCAAAAGCGAAUGUGGGAAGUCUCACCCAGAUUUCCCCUUCGACCCCCCAAGCCCCCGUAACUUUGACACCACCACCAACAUCCCGUCUGCGUUCAUUGGAACGAGCCAUUAUUUCUUAACGUCGCGGUUCACUUUUCCGUUCCUGAUCAUGGCACUGUUCUUCGGUGUUAUUUCUCUCUUCACCGGCUUUUUGGCUAUGUGCACUCGUAUUGGAAGCUAUAUCUCUGCCUUCAUGGCAUGGCUUGCUCUCGUCUUCCAGAUUAUCACUACCUCUCUCAUGACCGCUGUUUUCGUCCAGGGCCGCAACAAGUUCAACGCUAAUGGUCAGUCUUCCAAGCUUGGAGCGAAGGCGUUUGCAUUUAUGUGGACCGCUGUCGCCUGUCUCAUCCUUUCGUGCUUGCUAUACUGCAUGGGCGGCUCAGUCGGCAAGUCGCGGGAGACUGGCUACACCGGACGGAAACACCGGCGACGCGGCUUCUUCUCCUCCGUGAGAGCUCCAAGCGUCGCAAGUAACAAGGAAGUCAACCCAUAAGCUGUUGAACAUUCCAAAAAUUCCAAAACGCCCAAUAGUUUUUCAUACACUCUCCCCUCUAGAAAGUUGUGACUUGAACUGGGCUGCCAUUCGCAAAGUUAUAGCACUUGGCAAGUAUGAAUCUUUCCCCGGUGCUGGUGAUUGGAUGCAAUGGAGUGAAAUCAGGAAUUGACCCCCGAGUUGAGUGGUAGCCUGGAGCCAUCCCUUUGCCAAUAUCAUGAGCUCGCAAUGAAUCAUGCUUUAGUGCAAAAAUCUGAGUUUAUGUCUAUGGCGUAAGGUCGUCUGCCCUGAGGAG